CGCAUCGAGGACGCGCUCGUAGGGGAUACCGGAAGUGAGCCGUGUACCGGAAGUGCGCCGUGUACCGGAAGUGAGCGGCUCCCGGAGAUCCUGGUCACAGCUGAUAUGAUGCGACAGGACAGUAAUGAUGAGACGGAGGACGUUUCUCUGUUUGACGCAGAUGAAGAAACCUCAAGAGUUUCCAAAAGGAAAAAGAUAAGGCAUCCCAUUGCGUCAUUUUUCCACCUGUUUUUCCGAGUGAGCGCCAUCAUCGUCUAUCUCCUGUGUGAGCUGGUCUUCAAGAGCUUCAUCGCCUGCAUGGUGACCAUUAUUCUGCUGUUGUCAUGUGACUUCUGGGCCGUGAAGAACAUCACCGGGAGGUUGUUAGUGGGACUGAGAUGGUGGAACCAAGUAGAUGAUGACGGGAAGAGCCACUGGGUGUAUGAAUCCAGGAAGACCGGAAAGAAAAUCUCCUCUGAAGCAGAGUCUCGGAUCUUCUGGCUCGGCCUCAUCUCCUGCCCCAUUAUUUGGGUUAUCUUUGCCUUCAGCGCUUUGUUUUCAUUCAAUGUGAAAUGGCUGGCUGUGGUAAUAAUGGGGGUCACUCUCCAGGGGGCCAAUCUCUACGGCUACAUCAAAUGUAAAGUGGGCACCCGCCAGAACUUGACCAGCAUCGCCACCAGUUACUUGGGUAGCCAGUUCCUCAGACAGACGUUUUCCCGGGAAGCUCAGGCAGAGUCUUAAUCCUCCUCGCCACCAGCACUAAGCGGCUUACCGGUGAGAACACGGAGAAAAGGCCUUGAUUCUGGUUACUUUUUGGCACAAUCCGUGUGUAAUUUCUGCUGCUGAUUUCCUCUCAGAACUUGCUCUCCUCAUCGCCUUGGGUUGGCUUAUACGGGAUGCUGAUCUGGGUCUGACAGAGACCUCUGUAUGAUUGCUGGGGCACGAAUCGCCCGUCACUUGUGAGGACAGGAUGGCAGCGGUGACGUCAUGAGCUGCAGGAGACACUGUGCUUUUCUAUUAAAGCAAUACAUUUCUGACAAAUGGGGCUGGUAUCUGGGUAACCGAUGUAAAUAUAUAUAUAUAUAUAUAAAAGUGUUAAGACGUUUUAUGCAAAUAAAUUAACGAUUCCUUA